AUGCACAAGUACUUCCUAUCAGUAAUAUUAGUGCGGCUGGUACUGCCUGCAGGGCUUUUACUAGCCAUAGCCCUUCGACCAUUUGGGCUAUCGUUAAUAUAUCUCCUGCUGUACUUAAUAGCGCCAUUGUCGCAAAUACCGGAUACGAAGACAUUUGGCGGAUGGCGAGGCAGGUACCUCGUGCUAACUGUGGUAGUGUCGUUCCUGUUACUGCUGACGCACGCGGCAUGGCACAGCGUGCUAGCAUCAUUCAGGCCGUACGGCUCGCUGCUAGACGAUUACCCGCUGCUGCAGAAGAUCGGCCACAACCUUGGCCUGGUGUCCUACGCUGGAAUAGAACCACUCAUGGCUGUGCAUUAUUUGGCACCAGAGCUAGUGACAUUUUUUACAUCUUUAACGGUAUACCUCAUUGUUCGGAGAUUGCUUAUUGGUCCAAAUCCUGAUGAAGUGCAGAAGAAAGACUCAAAGCAUCAGAGGUAUCCCUUGCUCACUAGUGCAGGAAAGUAUAUAGCGCUAUUCCUAAUAAUGUUCUCCGGUAUUAUGCGGCCGAGUGUUACAUCGGGUAUUUAUUACCUGGUGUUCAUGGGUGCGGCGACGGCGUGGGCGCUGGGGCGGCCGCUGGAGCGCGGGUUCGCUGUGGUCAGCCGCUGCCUCAUGGCCAUCAUGGCCGCGCACAUCGCCGUGCUACUCGUCUACCAGUGUUCUUGGAUUAUCGACAUUUACCCGCCGGAUGAGAAUUUCGCCAGAUACUUUGGCUUAACGAAAUUAGUGAUAAUAAACGACACAGACGCGCAACACUUCACCUACGAAGUGACGGAUGAUCACAUGUGGGCAACACUCGCAAGUCCCUUAGUCAUACUUUUUACGUACUUCUUUCUUGCUAUUGAGAGCCGCGAACUGUUUAAACCGAAGACGAAGAAAAAGAGCGCCUUAACUGGUGUAGAGGCGGGGAAAGUGAACGGUUCCUUGGUGCGGGGCGUCUCGUUUCACCGCAGCCGCCGCAUCACAAGGGACAAGUGGAAGAGCGCCUCUAAAAAAGUUCGACUGAUCCGCACCCGGAGCCCGAGCAAGCGCUGGGGCUCGCGCUCCGCCUCGCGCCAGCUGCACCAGGACUCCACCGGCUCCGUCGUCGUGCCCGACGAUGAAUCCGUAAUUGAGGACGAAGAACCAACAUUAAUGGACGACGUAGUUGCUGCUAUUAUAGACUUUUUCCAAGUUUUGAUCAGGUCGUCGUACAUAGCGACAACGAUCACGAUGAUGGCAUGGAGCAUAAUGUUCCACUCGUGGCUGACGUUCGUGUUCCUCAUGUGGGCGAACGUGGUGUGGCUGUGCCACAACCAGCGAUCCUUCAUGCUCAAGACGAGCCCGGUGCUCGUCUGCUAUGCCAUGCUGCUGCUUCUCGUCCAGUAUAUUUAUGGAAUGAAUUUGUAUGAGAGCGAGCUACCGUCCAAUAUAACGGAGGUGAACCUGCGGCAGAUCGGCGUGGAGCGCAGCGCGGGCGAGCCGUGCGUGGCGCUGCUGAUCAAGUCGCUGUUCACGUGCAUGUUCUGGGUGACGCUGCGCCAGCGCGUGCAGGAGCUGCGCCAGCGCCGCCGCUCCGCCGCGCCCGCGCCGCUGCACCUCACGCUCUCCACACCCGCCAGCGCGACGGAGCAGCAGAGUGCGGGUGCGGGUGCGGGCGCGCAGUCGCGGCUGCUGCGCGCUGUGGGCGCGGCGCUGCGGGCCGCGUGCGCGCGCUACUGGAUCUACGUCGUCGUCAUCAUGCUCUUCGUCAUCGGCGUCACCGGCGAACGCAUGACCAUCUUCCGCAUCAUCUACAUGUUUCUCUUCCUCUCCUUCAUACUUAUGUUUCAGAUAAGUUGGUACUGGUGGCGACGUUUAAUGUACAUGUUUUGGAUAACAGUGAUUAUAUACUCAAUGAUCAAUCUUAUACUCAUUUACAUAUAUCAAUUCGAUAACUUUUCCAAAACUAUAGAGACCUAUCUCAUGAUCAACGAGAGAUUGCAACAUGAUUUGGGCUUGGAACCGUACCAUCCUGCGGACUUGUUUGUAAAAUUAUUGACGCCUACGUUGUUCCUUAUAAUAACAAUCAUGCAGGUUCACUACUUUCACAAAGACUUUAUGGCGUUGUCUGAUCCUAAAACAAGGACAAACAGUGUUGCCAGAGAGUCCAGUCGUCCAAGUCAAGCAGGUGCUUCCACUAUGAAAGACGAUUUGCCAGCGUUGCCCUUAGAAGAAGAACAGGCUGGCUCACUUGAAAUGGAUUCCAAAAGCGAUACAGAGGCCGAUCAUUCCCUUGAGAUGUCUUCAGUGAACACAGCUGCUAAACGUUCAUUAUAUAGGAAGUCGUGUGGCGGCGGCGCGCGGCACGCGUGGGCGGCGCGCGCGCUGGCCGGCCUGCGGCGCCGCGUGCGCGGGCUCGCCGACCACACCUUCGUCUACCUCGACAUACACCUCGUCAAGAUCAUCUUCCUCGCGCUCAUGCUGCUCUGCGUCAUCAACGUGUGUGCGCUGCAUGUUCCAAUCAUGAUAAUUAUUUCUCCAGCCUUACUGCUGAACUCCCGAAGACAACGUUUCUGCGUACUUCUUAUUUCAACUCUUAUUAGCAUUUACCUAAUGGCGAAAAUGGUUUAUCAAAUUGAAUACAUCAAACACUCAAUUUUCGACGUGAAUUGCACUUCGGUUGGAGAAAACAACACAAUUAAUGUAACAACGUAUAACAAUGCGGAAUGGGUGGGUUUCUACAAAGCGACACCCGACAGACCUCUAGUCGUGCUGCUAAAAGGAUAUAUUGGUCUGAUUGCCGUUUUUACAUUUUACUCUCUAGUCACAUAUAGGCAGCAGAAUAUCAGAGAUCAAGGUCUUCUACCUAGAGAUGCGGAUAAGUUAAUGUUCCCGGAAAUAACACGUAAAGAAGCUGAUAAAGACUUGAUCCACUGCAUCAAAUACUUAGUGAAUUAUGGUUUCUACAAGUUCGGUGUUGAGAUAAGUUUGAUCUGCCUGAUGGGCGUGAUCGGGUCGCGCAUGGACUUGUACGCGGCGGUGUACGCGGGCUGGCUGCUGGUGCUGGUGUCGUGCGGGCGCUCGCGGCUGGCGCGCCUGUGGCCCGCUUUCACGGCCUGCGUGACCGUGCUCGUGCCGCUGCAGUACAUGCUGGCGCUCGGCUUCCUGCCGCAGCUCUGCCUGCGCUACCCCUGGACCGGCGACUCGCAGCAAAUGAAACACAUUCGCACAUGGCUAUUUCUACCAUACUCGCCGGAGGCGCCUCAUGCAAUAAAACUCAUUUUUGAUUACUUCUUGCUGCUUUUUGCGACGCGACAACUCCGAGUCUUCAGACUGGAGAGCACAUACGGCGAUGCUUAUCCAGGAGGCUCUAACCGCGAGGACAUCGGCAAGGAUUGGGAAACGCCUAACUUUGUGAACCCUGUCCCUGAUUUCCUCGGAUAUGUUGGAUCGUGGCUAGACGUCAUCAAACGCAUGGUGUUCUUGGGCAUGCUGUGGGUAACCUUGGCCAUCAUGUUCAUGACGGGCACAAACCGUGUCAAUCUGUUUUCAAUGGGCUACCUCAUAGGUUCCUUCAUUUUCCUAUGGCAGGGAACCGACUUCUACCUUCGUCCAAAAAAGUCUAUUUUGCAAUGGUGGUCAUGGUUACUGCGUUACAACGUGUGCGUGGUGGUGGUGAAAGCGUUGCUACAGAUUCCGGGCUGCAUGUUCAGCGCGGUGAUGCAGGAGCGCGCCUGCUGGCUGGUGCAGCUGCUUGGCAUCGGCUGCGUCGACAAGUUCGCCGGCGGCAACAUCGCACGCUUCCUCAAGAUGCAGUACGACAAGGACUCCGCGUGUUCAGUGCCUCAGGAAGAUAUCGGUCUCGCGUGGGAUGGUGUCUGCUUUGCUUUUCUUAUUCUCCAGCGAAGACUGUUCCACAGCUAUUACUUUUAUAGAGUUAUUGACGAAAGCAAAGCGACUACCGUGCUUGCCUCCAGGGGUGCGGAGUUGAUUGAAGAGUUACGACAAAAACAAAUGCAGGUACAAGAGGAACAAGAGGUAAAGAUAUUAGAGAAAAUCAAGGUGAAAAUGGAAAGGAUAAAGGCUAAUCAAAAGAAAAUACAAGGUGCAAUGACCAAGGAACCGCUACAGCAUGAUGCUGAAGAAGACGAGGAGGAGGAGAGGCGACAGGGUGGAUCGGAGCGGGUGCCGCUGGUGCGCGGCGACUCGGAAGCGUCGCGCGGCUUCCACACGCCCGACAGCGCCGCCUCGCCGCGCGGCUACCACACGCCCGUCAGCGACCGCUCCGCCCCGCCCUCCCCCGCACGCUCCCCGCCCUCCCCUCCGCCCGCCGCCAUCCCCGCCCCCGCCCCCGCCUCGCAGGGCGGCCCCCCCUCGCCCUCCUCCGCCCUCAUGACCGUGUCCCUGGACGCGUACCUGGAGCCGCGCCGCAUCUCAUUCGAGUCCCCUCCGUCGUCGGACCUGCAGCCGCGAGCGCAGAGUCCGGAGGAGUCGUACCCGGUGUUCUCGCCGCCCCCCAUCCGCCGCCGCCACACGGUGGCCAGCCCCAGCCUCCUACACCGGACCUCCGUCAUAUCGCACUCGAGUCGCGCCGAACCCAACUCUCAUCAUACGUGUAGCGGAACAGAUUCCGCGACUAGACGACGUGUAUACACUAAGCGACACGAAGCACGGGUCAGACCGCCGUAUAAGCCGCCCGCCAGCCAUCAAAAGGCUGUACGCUCUGGAGACUACUACAUGUUUGACGAGUUCGAUGACACCGAAUUGCAUUUGAAAGACGACGAGUCAAGUUCUGAUGAAGAUGCUCCUAAAGAAAUGGGAAUUGGAAAGCUGCUGUCGACGGUGAUCAAGACGGACCUGCGGCGCGCGGUGUCGGCGCGCCGCGCGUCCGCGCCCGCCGUGCGCUCGCAGCGCCACCUCUCGCUCGCCAGCCACCCGCACUCCUACCCGCACCAGCUUCGUACUGCAACGCCGCCCGCGGACACAGUUGACGAACGCGACGUGCACCUCUCGGAGCGUGACCGACCGCCCUCAGACAUUGACGACUUUGCACCGAUACCCGAAAAAGAGUCAUGGAUAGACAAGUUGAAGUGCUUCACGGAUACAGCGUGGGCAUUCAUUUCAAGCUUCCUAGUGUCGCUGACAAGACAUCUCAUGAAGUACUCCCGGGACUACCGCUAUGUGUCACGAACGCUUUCCAUCGAAAAGAAAAUACUCAAGGAAAAGGAAGGCUUCGGUAUUGGACUGCGCGAAGGUUCGCAGAUGAUUUGGGAGCCAUUACCAGAAACACUUGCACACCACCGUAAAUUAAGUGAAAUAAGCGUGCCGGAGAUCCGCAUCCUGGCGCCGAGCAUGGAGCGCGGCCUGGACGCGCCGCCGUCGCGCGCCGCCUCGCCGCCCCCCUGCGCCUCCCCCUCCACGCACUCCGAUGACACCUCGGAACACGAGAGCGUGUUUAGUUUACAGACUACCGAAAGCAAAGACGUGACGACGCUCCAGGAACAAGAUGACUCGAUGUUCAAGCAGGAGAAGUCGCCGGUAGUGCAUCUGGGCUAUGCGCUGUGGUACGCUAUUUUGGCUCACACUGACAUCGUCUGUUAUAUAAUGGUUUUCAUUAACCAGAUUCAGUCUGCGACGAUUCUAUCCAUUCCUUUACCGCUCAUGGUCUUCCUGUGGGGCACACUUACAAUACCACGGCCAACUAAAACCUUCUGGGUCACAUUAAUCGCCUAUACAGAGGUUAUUGUGCUCAUAAAGAGCAUGUUUCAAUUCGAGAUCCUUCCGUGGAAUCAGAAGGCGAUACCGGCCAACAUGCCAUUCACUGCUCCAAGGAUAAUCGGCAUUGAGAGAAAAUACAACUACGCUCUCUACGACUUAUUACUUCUGCUCAUCAUAUUUUUGCAUAGGUUUAUGCUGAAGUCUUUGGGUCUGUGGAAGGAGUCAUCGCCGGAAAUGGAAGUACAUGAGGACAUGGAGUACGAGCUGUCAGCGGAGGACACGCGCCUCAUCGUGGAGGGCCGCGGCGCUGAAGUGGGCCGCAAAUACGCAGAGCUGCAUCACCGCACCGCACCGCAUCUUGAUGUUGACUCAAACGGAGUAGUGAGGCAACCCAUUACGGAUUCAGUAGCUGUGCCGCAAGAGUUUGACGAACGACAAGAAGAGGAACCUGGACCCUCCAAACCAUCUGAUGACGACCAUUACAAGGUUAAUGACGAUCAAGAACCUAUAAUUGCAGUAACGACAACACUAGAAGACACAUACAAACAUUACCCGCAAGUGAUGUUGCUAUCGGUGAAGCGCUACCUGCGUCCGUCGCAGCGGUUCUUCCGGCGCAUGCUGGCGCCGGGCGCGCGCGUCACGGCCGACGUGUACGCCUACAUGUUCCUCUGCGACUUCCUCAACUUCCUCGUGGUCAUCUUCGGAUUCGCCGCCUUCGGGACGCACCAGGGCGACGGCGGCGUGCAAGCGUACCUGGAGGAGAACAAGGUGCCGAUCCCGUUCCUGGUAAUGCUGAUCCUACAGUUCGGGCUCAUCGUUAUCGACCGCGCUCUCUACCUGCGCAAGUUCAUGCUCGGCAAGAUCCUCUUCCAAUACGCACUCAUCAUUGGUGUACACGUGUGGAUGUUCUUCGUGCUACCAUUCAUCACUGAAAGGACGUUUAACGCGCUGCUGCCGCCGCCAAUGUGGUACAUGGUGAAGUGCGUGUACCUGCUGCUGUCCGCCUACCAGAUCCGCUGCGGCUACCCGCGACGCAUCAUCGGCAACUUCCUCUGCAAGUCCUACCGCUUCCUCAACAUGAUCUUCUUCAGAGGCUUCAUGGCGGUGCCAUUCGUGUUCGAGCUGCGCACUCUAAUGGACUGGAUUUGGACGGACACGUCCAUGACGCUGAUGGAUUGGCUUAAAAUGGAGGACAUAUUUGCAAGCGUAUUCCUGCUUAAGUGCUCUCGGUACGUGGAAGAUGAGUUCCCCCAGCCGAGGGGUGUUAAAAAGUCCAGUACUUCGAAGUAUUUGCUGGGCGGUGGCGUGCUCGCAUUCGUUAUUGCUAUCAUUUGGUUCCCGCUUGUUUUCUUCGCCUUCGGAAACUCGGUUGGUGAACCGAAUCCACCAAACGAUGUGACAGUUAAAAUACGCAUUGGACCGUUCCUUCCAGUGUACCAGAUGUCAGCGCAGUCACAUAAUAUAGAUAUCUACACGGAGCAGGACUACACGCAGCUGAGCAACCUGUAUGCGCGCGACCGCACGGCGCAGACGUUCCUGUCCAACUACAUGUACAACGACGUGGCCGUCGUCACCAUCAACCCCAACUCCACCAUGAAGUGGGAGAUCUCGCCGCCCGAGCUGGCGCGCCUCGAGCGCGAGGCCUCCUCCAACGCGUCGUUGACUGUCAAGUUUACAUACGUGAUCACGCAUCCAAGUAACAACGCUCAGAAUCCGCCCACAAUGGAGGACCAUCGAGAAGUGGAAAUGAAAGCCUACAUAGACGGCAAACCCAAUCCUGAACGUGAGACGCUCCUCAAGCUUCUGGCCGGCACUUCCACACCCGACACUUGGUUACAUGUGAAGGCACUGUUUCCCAAAUUCGUUAAAGUAUUCAACAAAGGAGCGGCAAAACCAUCUUAUCAGUUAAUGCCACCCACCAUGGAUGAAGAUGAGAACGCGCGACUGUACCGCAACGUUCAGCUUCGUCUGGAAAGAGAAGGCAGCGCUAUGUACUGGCGGGUGCGGGAAGCCUGCGAGCCAAGAGAUCCCCUGGCGUCGAUACCCAUGAACAACUGCGACAUGCUUGUCAUGUACACGUUCAACGAUAAACUGUUCCCCGAGACACUCAACUUUAUUUCUGCCGGAGGCAUCAUCGGGUUGUAUACGACGUUCGUGUUCCUGGCGUCCCGUGUCCUGCGCAACUUCUUCUCUGGCAUCUACACCAAGAUCAUGUUUGACGACCUUCCCAAUGUUGACCGCGUGCUUCAACUCUGUCUCGAUAUCUACUUGGUACGCGAGGCACUUGAAUUGGCGCUUGAAGAAGAUUUGUUUGCAAAACUAGUGUUCCUGUACCGCUCGCCUGAAACUAUGAUAAAAUGGAGCAGACCUAAGGAAGAAGAACCGGAGGAGCAAAGAGCGCUUCCCGCACCUCCCUAA